CAGAAACAAUUUGACGAUCGUACGCCGUAAUCUAGUUCGCAACAAGAUAAGCAUCUUUGUUUUAAUGAUCUUUGUAAAAGCAGGAACAUCGCCACCAUUAGCUGGAAUGCAAUGGGAAGCUCACCAUCACCAAACAGUGAGUUUCCGUCAAUCUUCCCAGAAUUGGGUUCUCCAGGAAACUGUCCCCCACAUUUCCCCUCUAGGUGGAUUGAAAAUGAUAGUGAAGAUUCACACUGCCGUAACCACUACCACCUCAAUUACAGCGCCACUCUAUACAGGUUACUCUCUCGGGGGAUACGUUCCAGAAAGGCACACAACGAGGGAGCAUUUUGGUGUCGACUCUACGCGCCUAAACGUCGAGCUCGCGCGCACGUUAGAUCUGACGUCGUUCCACAACCAGCGCUCUCAAAAAGAACAAAAAAAACACACGAUCCAGAUUGUUCAAACACCCUCUUAUACCUGUGUGUAGUUCCCACUCGAAAACGCGGGCCGCUGUCACUGUCAAGUGUACUGCCGUGUGUGCGUGUGUCGCUAUUACAAUAUAAAACGCCUGUCUGCGCAACACGGUUCGCGCAAGUAGCUACGGGCCCGGGUACUAGUGACAAACCGGAAAUCACGCAUCGCUGCGCGUACCGUUCGGUGUACGCAGUGGCCGAACAGAACGGAAUCACUUGAUUGACGGCGACACCAGUGUCCAGAUUUAGGUGUUGAGCGCUAUUUGUGUUUACUCGUUUCCAGAUUGCCCAAAAACUGAACGAUGGCAGCCAAGCGUGUUUCUGUGCGUCAGACACUCUCGUGGGCUAUCGUUAGCCUGUGCCUUCUGGGCCUGCCGAGCCUGAUCGAUGCAAAGAUCUACACAAAGUGUGAGCUUGCCAAGCAGCUGACCGCGAACGGGAUUAGCCGGACGUAUCAGGGGCACUGGGUCUGUCUGGCGAUCGCUGUCAGCGGGCUGGAUACCACCAAAACCACCAUGCUGCCCAACCUGACCGCCAACUAUGGAAUCUUCCAGAUCAACAGCAAGGAAUGGUGCCGCGUAGGCUACAAGGGCGGCAAAUGUAACAUGAAGUGUGAAGAUCUUGUGACGGAUGACAUUACCAAUGCAAUUAAGUGUUCCAAAAUCAUUCAACAACAGAACGGCUUCAACGAGUGGGUUAUGUGGCAGAAGAAGUGCAAGGGCAAAGAGCUGCCAGACAUCGCCAACUGUGCGGCAAUUGGUUAGGGUGUGGUAAAGGCAUCGAAUAAGCGAACAAACGGGAAAAUCCAGUAAACUAUUACAACACGCACCUUUACAACCGAACCAUCCAAGUGAAACUUAAACCACAAUUUGUUAACAAUAAAAUGAGAGUAGACUCAGUGAACUAACUUAUACAAUAUA